GCAGAAGGAUAGACACACAAUGAGUAGACGAGGCUGGGUAGAAGCUCCACUAACGCCGCUGUAAAUAUAUCCAUCAUUCACUGAGGCCAGAGAAACAUGGAGAACCAGUGCACUGUGCAGGUAAAACUAGAGUUGGGCCACCGAGCUCAGCUAAGGAAGAAGGUGACAUCAGAAGGCUUCACCCACGACUGGAUGGUGUUUGUCCGAGGCCCAGAGACUGGUGACAUCCAGCACUUUGUAGAGAAGGUUGUCUUCCGCCUGCACGAGAGCUUCCCCAAACCCAAGAGAGUAUGCAAGGAGCCUCCGUACAAAGUGGAGGAGUCGGGCUACGCAGGCUUCCUCAUGCCUAUUGAGGUUUACUUCAAGAACAAGGAGGAGCCCAAAAAAGUGUGUUUCAACUACGACCUUUUCCUUAACUUGGAGGGCAACCCACCAGUCAACCACCUGCGCUGUGAGAAGCUCACCUUCAACAACCCCACCAAAGAAUUCAGGAGAAAGCUGAUCAAAGCUGGAGGGGUGUUGGUGGUCCCUGAGGGGGCGGAGGCCAUGUCAAGGCCAAGCCCAGACUACCCCAUGCUCCCCACCAUCCCCCUCUCUGCCUUCUCAGACCCCAAGAAGACCAAGACCUCUCACGUGUCAAAGGAACCCAGCAAAGAAGGAAGUGGAGGCAGCAGCAAAGGACCCAAACCACACAAGUUAACCAAGGAGCACCGAGAGCGGCCACGCAAGGACUCUGAGAGCAAAGCCGCUUCAAAAGGAGACAACGAUAGAGACGGAAGCAGCAAGCCUGGCCGCGAUCCUUCCUCUUCCUCGUCCUCGUCUUCAAAAAAGUUGUCAGACAUCAAAGUAAAAGAUGAAGUAAAGGUCCUCCCCAAGGCGGCCUUCAAGGAGCCUAAAAUCACACUGAAGGACUCAAAGAUGGAGGGAAUGUCUCCGAAAGGAGGGGGGGCCGGUAGCGGCGGAGGAGGCGGGGGAGGAGGUGGCGGAGGGCCGCCGGAGCCCAAAGCACCGGGGAAACGACCGUCCACGGUGGAGUCUCCCAAACCGAGCGCUAAGAAGCAGAAGAAGGCCAGCUCCGAGGGGCCGAAGGGGCCCACCGGCGGGGGCGGGGCCUUCACAGGAACCUCCCCCCGUGUAUCGUCCUCGUCCGCAGCAAACCAGUCGUACGCUGAGAAGAAGCCUCCGAAGGAGAAGGGUCGCUGGUUCCCAAGCAAAAACGACACGCAGGAACUGAAAGAGGCCAAGAAGCUACAAGACUCAGAAGAGUCGAAUUCAGAGGACGAAGCAUCGUCAAAAUCAGAGCAGUCGGUUCCCUCCAGUCCUUCCACUCAAAGCUCCAGUUCAGAUUCCAGUUCAGACUCUGACUUUGAGCCGGGACAGAAACAAGGACAAGGCCCCCUGCGAUCCAUGGUGGAGGAGAUCCAGUCUGAAGAGUCAGAUGAUGAUGACUCCACCUCAGAGGAAGAAACGCCCAUCAAAACCAACCCGCCUAACCGCGACUCUCGACUCAGCCUGGACAGCGAGAGUGACAGCAGCGACGGCUCCCACCGCCCCAGUCGAGACCCCGCCCCGCCCCCACAGAAACACAGCUCCUCCAAUAACAAAGUGUCUGUCCGAAAAAGCCCAGAUUCCUCGUUUCGCUCAGAGAAGGUGAUGAAGAAGGGAUACGACAAGGUAGGAAGGGCCUACACAGAAGAACUGGUGGACCUCCACCGCAGACUGAUGGCAUUAAGGGAGCGUAACGUCCUGCAGCAGAUCGUCAACCUGAUCGAGGAGACGGGCCAUUUCAAUGUGACCAACACCACCUUUGACUUUGACCUCUUUUCACUGGACGAGUCCACUGUCCGCAAACUACAGAGCUACCUGGAGGCGACCACGUGACAGGAAGUGGAAGCCGGCCUGCAGAUGGCGGAGGCGGCAUCGCCGCUGCGUCUGCUCUUUCGAGAGGAGACGGGUUGCCGGAUCUGUCUCAGCUCUUUCGUGGGACUGACUGAACCGUCGAACAAGUACCGCGCAAAAAGAAACACACGAGCAAGCACACACGAAGACACAACUCCACCACCUACGUUCGACGCCGGGGAGAGAACUGGAGGAGGAGCAGUGGGAGGCGUGGAAGGAGACGCCGGAGCGGCAGAACUCCGUCUGCAGUCAGGAUUUUCACUACACAUCUCGUCUCGAGUCUGUGCAGUGGUGUGGAAUUCACCUCACACCCCCUCCUCCACCCUCCUGCACCCUCAUUGCUCCCGCCUCUGCAAACCUAAUAUUUCCCCCUCCUCCUCUUCCUCCUCCUCUACAUGCACACUCCUUACUCGGCAGAACACUCCAAUUCUUCCCCCCCACCCCCCGUUGUCAGCUGGAGCUCAUUUCUCUCUCGACAUACUCUUGAGUUGUGUGUGUGUGUGUGUGUGUGUGUGUCCGUGUGUGUGUGUGUGUGUGUGUGUGUGUCCGUGUGUGUGUGUCCGAGCAUGUGUGUGCAAGCACUGCUGAGGUUUAAGGGGAGAUGUUGUCUUUGUGGUUACUGACUUCUCUCUGUUUGUGAAGCUUGAACACAAACAGCCAGUUUGAUUCUUCCCCCGAGCAUACACCAACAUAUAAAGAAUUAAGGUAGCACUUUACUUUAUUAGCCACCUGUUUAACAUUAAUAGGUACAUAAACUUCAAACAAAUGGAUUGUGACACACUAUAAUGUAGUUGUAAGCAGAUACGCGUUUCCUCAUGUAUCAUAUUGAUCAGAGUUUAGGAGUUAAAACCCAUAAAGACUUUUAGUUCUUCUUGUUUUAAGAGGUUUUCAUGCAUGCAGCAGUUUUAGGAGCAAAAAGACGAGCUUUCUUUUUCUUCUUCUCUUGUUUUCCUCUCACACGUUACUCAGAGCAGUAAAAGAUUCACUUACUGAAAAUACUACUAAUGUGGUUUGGGCAAGGGUUGCAGGAGGCAACACGUGUGAUGCCGGCUCAGUCGCGGCGUACGCACCAGAGCGUUAGCUGCUCUGUUUGCACACGAUCUGACACGACGAGAAAGUUUUAGAAGAACGGUGCGCACCGGAGAGGUCCGGUCUGGUAAUUGUGCUCAUUACGUGUGACAGCUCUAAGUCCGGUUUGGGUCUCUGCAGUAAAGAUUUGGGGACUGGUCUUUCACUUGAAUUCAUUCAUUCCCCUCUGUGGCAGUAAAAGAUGGCGCACGCGUCUUAGAAACUCCUGUAAAUAAAAGCCAGAAAGCCUUUUAGUCCCGACUCUAAGCUACAAACAAAGGCGGCGUCCUGUAGGAGAAAAGGGUCGUACACUAGACAACCACUGUUAUAUUUUACUUUUUUUAAAUAGAAAUACGUUUCAGAGUAACAUAGUCCCGUGUCAUGGCAUUUUUUAAUGAAUUAUACUCAUCGUCUAAAGUCAAAGUGUGUCUGUCUGAACAGCCACACUUGAAAGCGGGUGUGAAACCUCAUAUGUAAUUAUAGUGUGUUAUAAACCAGUUGUUGAGUAUUUGCAGUGUUCGCGAAUGCUCAAUGUGAGGCUUUAAAGCAAAGCGGUACCGAGAUUCAUGCACAUGUUUGCCUCCCGGGUCCUUCCAGCUUUGAACACUGUACAUGAAGACACUGAGACGUGUGCUGUAUGUGUGCGUGAGUGAGCUUUCUGUCGUCUGAACAUCUGAAAGCGUUCUCCUCAGUUCCCCCUCUCCUUCCUCGCACUGAAAGCUGAGCCUUGACCUCCUACCAACAGCGACCCCUCCCUUCGCUCCAUCCCUCCACUUCACCCCCCCUCGUCCACCUCCUCCCUUCUUCCCAUAUUGGCGUGCAUGAAAGGGCUCGACUGCUCGCAGCCGGAGCAGCGGAGGGUCACUCCUGAAUUGCCUUUUAAGUGUUGGGUCGGGCACGGUAAGGUGGGGAGAAAUGGGGGGAGGGGGGGUUAAAAAGCCGUGAAAAAGUAGCCAUACUUGUCUCCCUGAUUCCAAAAAUUAAAAAAAAAAUAAAAAUAGGGGCCACGCUUUUUUACAUUUUAUUUUUCUACAAGUGCAUUUUGUGUAUUUAUUCCCAGAAAACCUGUGAGCUAUGAAUGUAUAUCGCUUUUACUUUUCUACGGCUAGAAACAGCCCCACUCUAGUGCCUUUUUCCUGCGACUUGCAGUGUGUAUAUGUGUGUGUGAGUGGGGAGGGGGGUGCGCUCUGUUAGGCAUGCCCACACAGAUUGAACACCACCACCCCACCCCAGCCCCCUCCUCCCCUUGGGGAAACUAGUAUUAAUUGGGAUGCCUGACUAUCCAGUAUUUUCCUAAUAGCUUCCAUCCCUGCUUCUCCUCUCCAGUGUCUCUGUAGGCUGUCGUCCCUUUUUAUCGAUAAUAUUUCCACUCAUCGAGCCCUCUGGGAAUUUUCAGAAGGCGGCCAAGAUUUUGUUGGCCAGUUUUGGGAUUAGGUUUUUUAACGAGUGGUAGUUCCUUCCAGUAAUGCGUGCUGUUCAAUAGGCUCCCCCUUCAAGCAGCGUUAAGCGUACCAGCUAACAGCCAAGUGUCCGAUAUCAAGUCGCCAGGCACUUGAAUGGCAUCGCUAAUAGAUGUGAAUGCAAGAAAAUAAAGACGCUGGUCUUUACAUCAGGAAUCGGACUGAUGGUCUCACAAAGCUGGCUUCUUCUAACUAAUCAGAUCAGUGACUGUAUGCUGCGUGGCUCAUUCUGUUUAAAAAUAAUGAUGGUGAUCAACAUAUCGGCAGAUUCACUCGCUUUAUGCACUCAAUAUCUCAAACAUUUAAGACGUGUUAAAAAAUAGUUUAUCCCAGAGGUAGUGAUAUUAGAGACUAGCCUUUAUUUUGUUUGUUUAUUUUAAAGCCAAUAUUGAUAUUAAAGGCUUUCAAUAAUCUGAUCUAAUCAUAAUGUAAGUUUAUGUUGAGCGGUUUUAAUUUUCUUCCCCAUUGCUCUGCGGUGCUUCGAGCCAGAUCUUUGGUGUUUCCUACUUCGGCUCUUUGAUGGGUUGGGACCCGGUAAGCGUGCUAGCUGUGGUGAUUUAUGCAUUAAUGAUCGGGACCUAGUCAACAGAGUACUUGAACAAAGUCAGAAGUGACAAUCAUCAGUAACGCCCGCUUUAAAAGUUCAUUGGAAAGCACGUCGACGCACUAAAACGGUGUUAAAUGAUGGAGGUCGACUGCUGUAAACGAUGAUGAGGUUUUGUGUAGUUGAGAGUACUUUGCACAGUGAUUUGAACAAUUUAACUCUAAUUGAAUUGGCAGAAACUAUCCUCGCGUGUUUAGUGUAACCUCAUUUAACAGACACCAUCCCACCAGGUCGGAGAAGCUCCGCCUUCUCCUCCUGCGGUGGACUAAAGACCAAUAAUAUGUAUGCAAUAGUUUUCUUUGCAUCAAACCGUACUGUAAAAAGAUCAUAACAAACCAGAGAAGCACAAAUGUCGCUUUCUUCACUCUGUGUAAUAGAGUCCAGUGUAAUAUCUACUCUUAUUUUUAGCUCUUAGUGUUUGAUUAUUGUUUUCUCUUUACAUUCUUUGUAUUUACUGUAUAUCGUUUACUUGUUUUUAUGUUUUCUCUUCUCAGACUCUGUCUAUGCUCUAUAUAUCUAUAACGCUGCUGCAGAAGUUCCCCCUAAAGGGAUCUUCAGUUUCAUCGAACAUUAAUGACACUACUCUUGAUCGUGAGUAGCUUCCUGUUGCAUAAUCUGAACAAACGUCUGCUCGACACAUUCAGGAGCCAGUUUUGUGAGGCCCAAACGAGUCAGAACUGAGCACGAGUUCUGGACUUAUUUGGGGCCUCGAUGUUGGUUUUUUGUGGCCCCCUUUAGGCUUCACGCUCUCUCAGACACCAGCCCACUGAUCUCCUUCCUCGCUUUUCCUUUUCCUUUUCCUGUGCUUCUGCCCUGACGUUCCGAUAGCUUUAAUACUUCGCUCUCUCCUUCUGUUGCCUGCCUGGCUCGGCGCCGCACUCCCUCUGCCCUUACCGUAAACGCCGCACGAACACGGGAGAUGUCUCCGAAAUCAAAACCGGCAUCGGCGCCGCCUCAUGUGCCCUGUAGUAGCCCCCCCUCCCGCCCCUCCCUUCUUCCUCCCUCUGCGCCACCUUCAUUUUUCCCGAGGUGUGCCUCUGUCAGCAGAACUUCAGGCCCGAGAGUGAAUUUUGCAGCCGUGUGAGUGAUGUUAGUGCAUCUUGCGUGCGUGUUUGUCAGCGAUGGGAGAGAAUUUCCAACGAACAACUUUCCUCUCUGUCCUCUGUGCACCAAUGUGGGAACUUAGAAGUCCUAGUUCAUGAACUCUGACCUUUGACCGGGCGCUCAUUCGGUCCCUUGUGGUCGUGGCGGAGACAGUGAGUUAAGUGGGAGAAGCCCCACUAUGUACCCACAGUCAACGUUUUAUUUAUGGACCUCUGCACUUUUGGCUGUGAUGACUUCAGUACUUAAGUAGUUACCUAAACUGUAUUUUUAAGGAUUUUAUACAAUAUUUACAUGCAAUACAAUAUGAAUUGAGUUUGUUUUGUUUGCCAACCAUUUGUUUCUUAUUUAAUUGUCUUUUAUUUUGGCAUGUGUUGUCGCUAUUAUUCACAAACAUGCCUGUCGAAUCUGUUUUAGGCAUAAGAUGUUGGGGAUGUUCCCUGUAAAAAUUUGUUUUUUUGUUUUGUAUCAUGAUUCUGAUGACAGCUGAACACCGAGAAGCACGUGUUUGGGCGGGCGGGUGAAAAACAAACGAAACAAAACUGCUGGAUGAGCUAAACUUUAUCACCCUCUGCUCCGAGUACAAAUAACUGGACCACAAGGAGGGACGUGAGGAGUCCGCACUUUGGUUCAGCAGAAGAAAAACGGUUUGUUUUUCUGUCGUGUCCAGUUUGGGUUUUCUGCACUUUCGUAAAUGUGCGCGCCCAAACGUAGACCGUCAUCUUCAUUUUAUUAUGUUAGGACAACUUGAGCCUGAGGAAACACAACAUAGAGAAACAAGAGUUGCAAAGUGGGAGGAGAUGCUCUGGAAGUUAAAGUGCUGUUUAUUUGUUUAAAUGUUUGAACCCCUCUCUGGCUUGGAUCUGCAUAAAACACUGAAAACUGUCUUAAAUAUUAAUAUCUGUCUCAGAAGAUGUGCUUUAAUGAACUGCAACUUGCAGCAAGCAGUAAAGAUGACAAGCCUGAGUGGUUAUCGUUAAUGUUGAGGAACAUUAUAGAAGGGAAUGCGAGAUAGAUGGGAGAAACCCCCCAGCUGUCCCUUCCCUUUGCAACUCUGUGCACAGGGCUGUGAGAGUGGAGCAUUUCAGCUGAGUCUAUAUUAUAUAUAAUAUGUGUUUAAUACAGCAAAGGUAGAUUAUCUACUGUGUGGAUCUUUAGAGGAUGAGGAAAAAGCAAAAAAACAAACAAAAAAAAAAAACAGAGAAAAUGGUUCAUUGAUAAUGUGUGGAGA